AUGAGAAAGAGUAUUGUUGAAGUGAAUAGGAAGGAUGUACGAUAUAAGAAGGAAAGGAAGCCGUUGGGUUUGCGGCAGUCGAAACUCUUUGAGUUUGAUAUCCCGCGUACCAGCAAUCCGUUGGAUCGCAGCAGCAGGAGUUGCACCGUACUUGGAGGAGCACCAGGGGCCGUGCUACAGGGUUCAAAGGAGCCGGAGGUGAUUACUGUUCUUGAAGAUGAUGUUGAGUAUGUUUCUUCGGAUGAUUGUGAGGGUAAUUUAGGUGCAUCGCAGCGGAAAACCCUGUUUGUUCAAAGUUCGGAAGAUAUGGAGGAAGAUGUUGCUGAAACAGGGGAUAUUUGUGAGAUAUUGGAUGAUCCAGAACCAUAUGAGGUGAAUUCUGAGGUUAUCUGUCCUCUAUGUCUUACUGAUUUAUCUUUUUUGUAUCUCCAUGAACGAGAAGCUCACUGUGACCAGUGCCUUCUUGCCAGGAGCUCGGUUAGACGCAAGAGAUCCAUUCCGCUUCCCGAUGUGAAGAAACUUAAAUUCUCAGAGGUUACUAUAGUCGUUGACGGGUUUAAUUUUAUGGAUAAUAGUGAGGUGAAGUAUUAUUUUCUUUCCCAUUUUCAUGCAGAUCAUUAUCAAGGUCUUUGUCAAAGUUGGAAACAAGGGCGGUUGUUUUGUUCACAAAUAACCGCAAACUUGGUAAUUUCAAAAUUUAAGAUCGAUGUGGACCAAAUAACCAUACUGAAACUCAAUGAGCCUCUUUAUAUAACCCCUCGUUUGCGGUGUUUCCCCUUGGAUGCAAACCAUUGUCCAGGAGCCCUGAUAUUGUUAUUUGAAGAGUUGGAUUUUAAUGGUAGUGUGCUGCACAGUGUGCUGCAUACAGGUGACUUUCGAGCUACCAAUGGUAUGAUACGAAGCCUUGAUCAGCUCACUUGUGGGAGAGAGUUGGACAGUGUAUACCUUGAUACCACAUAUCUUAACCCUAAUUACCAUUUCCCCCUUCAGAGAUCUGUUCUUAAGCUUACUGCAUCGUUUGCUGCUCAAAUUAGUCAAACAGGGAUUCGUACGUAUUUUGGUGAUACUCAAAAGUCUAUUCUAACCUUUAUGAAGUCAACCCGCGAUAAGAUUAUAUCUCAGAAGAGGUUUCGAUACAUUUACCUUAUUGCAACGUAUUCUAUAGGUAAGGAAAAACUUGCUAUUUCGAUCGCUGAAGAGCUUCAAACAAAAAUAUACAUUCCCCUCAACUCACCCAAACACGAUCUCAUUAAGCAAUAUAUGGAUUGGAUCCCAAGCAAUAUAAUUACCCAUAAUAUACAGGAAUCAUGCGUCCAUCUGGUUUCGUUCGACGUACUUUCUUCAAAAGAAUCAAUUGACAAAUAUCUUUUAACUGUGCCUCCAAUUUACGAAGAUAUUGUGGGAUUUAACCCUACUGGAUGGUCUUAUGAUAAUGGACGUAAAUACAUGUCCUCAGAGGCAACUAUCAAGCGAUUCCAAAGCGCUGAAUCAAGAUAUAAAUAUGUGAUUGAUCUAAUAAGGGAUUGUUCGGUGGAUGAAUUGAAAAUCGAGACCUUUAGAUCGCAGUACAAACCUCACAAGAAGUAUCAAGUUUUUAAGGUCCCAUAUUCAGAGCAUUCCAGUUUUAAAGACUUGUGCGUUUUUCUAACAAAGGUACCCGUUUCCCGAGUCUAUUCAACUGUUAAUCUUCAUGAUUCCGAAAUGCAUUCUAUGUGGUUUGACACUUGGAGAAGAAUAAGGAACGAAAUGUUGCAUUAA